GAGCUCCCCAUAUUGCAACUGGAGAAGAGCCCUAUGAACUUAUGUUACGGCUCCACUUCUUUUUUUAGCCCGCACUCACAUUUUCGGGGGACUCUGGUGGAGACGGCGGACUUUGGCUUGUGAAACAGCGUGUAAUCUCUUGGUGCAUGGUCUCCUGUGUUUUUGCAACAUUAUCUUAGCUGAUAGUGAGGCAUUUGUCAGCAGACAGCGCUCCCCCGGCGUCCCCUACCCAGACUGACCGCCCGAACAGCUGCGAUGGACCGAAUUGCUACAGUGGAGCACUACAAGGCUGGCAUGCUGCUCAGUGGAGCUGGUGAUGCUCUGGGCUACAGGAAUCAGCUGUGGGAGUACAAUGAAUCUGGAGUUGCGAUACACCAGGAGCUGCAGGAGCUCGGCGGUCUGAAGAACAUCAAGGUUGAGCUUCCUGAUUGGCCGGUGAGUGACGACACAGUGCUGCAUCUGGCAACGGCUGAGGGACUGGCAACAGGAAAGGUGGGGGAGGAUCUCCUGCAUGAGGUGGCUGCUCGUUACGUGGAGGGAAUGAAAGACAUGGACGGGAGGAAACCAGGGCCCUCUAGCAUUCUGGGUAUUUCCCUGCUGAAGCCUGGAGAGGAAGAGGGCUACAGAGUCCCAUAUAACCCUGAGGGGACGGGCUGUGGGGCAGCCAUGAGGUCCAUGUGCAUUGGCCUCAGGUAUCCUAGGCCAGACCACAUUUUUUCAUUGGUGGCUGUUGCCGUGGAGACGGCCAGGAUGACCCAUCCUCACCCCACCGGCUUCCUGGGAGCCGUGGCGUCAGCUCUUUUCACUGCGUAUGCCGUCCAGCGCAAGCCGAUCAACACGUGGGGUCUAGGCCUGCUUAAUGAAGCGUGUCCUAUCGCCAAGAUGAUCGUGAAGGGCCGAGGCUUCGCCGUGGAGGAGACGGAGAGGGACUGGAAUUACUUCUGUGACAAGUGGCUUUGGUACCUGGAUGUGAGAGGCAUCUCCAACGGAGCGGGGCCUGUGAUCUGGCCUUCUGCCUUCGGUCCAGCUGAGCGAGAUGAGGAGUACAAGAGCUUCAGCCUGUCGGGCUGGGCAGGGCGGAGCGGCCACGACGCUCCCAUGAUCGCACUGGACGCCUUGCUGGGAGCGGGAUCGGACUGGGAGGAGCUGAUGAGCAGAGCGGGCUUCCAUGGAGGCGACAGCGACAGCACUGCUGUGAUUGCCGGCUGCUGUUGGGGUCUCCUUUACGGCACCAAGGAAGUCCCUGAAGGCAACUACAGCAACCUGGAAUACCGGGACCGCCUGGAGCGCUGUGCCGAGCAGCUAUAUGCCCUGUCGCACUGACGAGGCGUUGACGGCCUGUGAUCGGGACUGAGCCAUCCCAGCAUGCUGCAGUGAAGAAAACUAGGCCACGCUGACACAUUGACGUAGAACUAGCGGGCAUGCUCAGUAGCGCAUUAAUCUAGAAUGUUUUCAUUGAGCCACGUGUGUUUUCAUACCUGCCUGAAGGGGAAAUACUGUCCCACUAACCCAGAGUCAUUUCUGCCACAAGGACAGUGUUCCUCAUGAUGAAGGCAUUCAAGACCUGUGUGUAGAGUUCCCCCUAGUGACACUUUCAAAUUAACAUCUCCUCAUUCCACUGGGCAAAAGAAACCAAGCUAAUGACAAUAUGAAGCGACUGCAAACACUUCCCCAGGAGAAAAUUACUUCAUUUUGUAAACCAGAGAUAGAAACAAAUAGUGUGAGCUUCAAAUUGAAUGUUCUGCUAAUGAAAAACAUUUCCCCUCAUAUGUGAAGCAACCAGGAAUACUGUAUACAAUAUUGGCAGCACAAUAAAUUUUACAAGCGUGUCUUAGUUGAGUUGAAAACUUUAUUUUUUGGCCAUUGCAUUUUUUUAUUUUUUAAACUUUUUUUUGUC